GUGUCCUAUGGGCUUCGUUCAACACGGGACUUCGUGUUAUAUGCCAUUUCAUAUAAAAGCGUCGUGGUCAGAGGCUAAUUACUACUGUAAGAUGAUUCAGUCUUCUCUGCUGUCCAUUGACGACGCAAGCGAAGAACAGUUCAUUACUGGAUACAUUGGAAGACUGGGACCUGCUGCUUUUUCGAGCGAUUCGCUCUGGCUUGGAGGUACCAGCUUAUUUUCUGGGAGCUGGAUUUGGACACUUACCCAGACCAGUCCUGUCUACACCGCCUGGGCUCCCAGUGAACCUUCUACUCACCCUCUAAACAAAUGCAUGGCCAUAGGGUUCAAGUCUCAGUUCAAGUGGACAGCUAAUGUCUGUGAGCAGUUAAACAACUUUAUUUGCGAAUCCCCGUCAUAAACCAAGUCAUAAUAAUGCUUUGUUA